GCGGGCUGCAGCCAUUGUUGCCAGAUUGGGCGGGAAAUCUGUCCCAAUCUGGCAACACUGCCCCGGCGGACGACGGAGGCGCGCGGCGUUCUGAGCGUGGUACGUCAUCCCCCCUAGUAACCCUCGGCAGCGUCUUGGGGAGAUAAGGCAACAAGAUGGGAUUGCUGUCGAUUUUGCGCAAACUGAAGAGCACGCCAGACCAGGAGGUUCGGAUCCUCUUACUGGGUCUGGAUAAUGGAGGGAAGACGACCCUGCUCAAGCAGCUAGCGUCCGAGGACAUCAGCCACAUCACACCCACACAGGGUUUCAACAUAAAGAGCGUGCAGUCUCAAGGUUUUAAGCUGAAUGUUUGGGACAUCGGCGGCCAGAGGAAGAUCAGACCUUACUGGAGAAACUACUUUGAGAACACUGAUGUCCUAAUUUAUGUCAUCGACAGUGCUGACAGAAAGAGAUUUGAGGAAACGGGGCAGGAGCUGGCCGAGCUGCUGGAUGAGGAGAAGCUGAAUGGCGUUCCCGUGCUGAUCUUCGCCAACAAGCAGGACCUGCUGACCGCCGCCCCGGCGUCGGAGAUCGCCGAGGGCCUCAACCUGCACACCAUCCGGGACCGCGUGUGGCAGAUCCAGUCCUGCUCGGCCCUCACUGGGGAGGGGAUCCAGGAAGGAAUGAACUGGGUCUGCAAGAGCGUCAAUGCUAAGAAAAAGUAGCUCUGAUUUCUACAGAGCAGGACUGGAAGGGAAAUGUACACAUACACACACACAACCUGCACCCUCCUGAUAUGUUGCUUUGAAUGUACACACACACACACACACACACACACACACACACACACACACACACACACACAUACACACACACGGCGAUAUUCCAACAUGGACUUGAAGAGGAUUAAACCAUCCUACAUCUUUGUUUUGCUUACACUUAUUAACCUCAGAGAAGCUUUGUUUGUCCCUAAACUAAAAAAAAGGAAAUGUUUCGGUUUUUAUUUUAAGGAAAAAACACUGCUCUUGCCAGCUGAAUCCGAGCCAUUCCCAUCUCUUUCCUUCACUUCCUAGGAACCCCAACAUUUCAGGAAUUGCCUGAUUGAUCACUGAAACUACAAUGUUUUGAAUUUAAAGGGUACCCCCUGAGGAACAACUACUUUCCCCUUUUUGUUGAUGUAUCUCUUGGGGCUGAUGGAUGAGUGUCUUUCCACUUUAAGAUGGCUCUGUCUUUUUAUACCAUUCCAUGUCUGUUUGCUUUUCUUGCAAUGGCUCUGCUUGAAGUGAGGUAUAUUUUUGUAAUUCUUUAUUUAUGAUCAUGUAGGAUGCAUACAAAGCCUAAACAUCUACUCUGGUGUGUGUGGGAUUUUAAGAACAAGAAAUGCUUUUUACUAGGUUGAACUUCCCCUUUAAAGGUUGAUACAUCUUCAUGUAUGUUGGAAAAAUAACUAAGAAUUUUGAAGAUAAAUGGUUAAGAGACGCUAAACUUUUUGUGACGAUCAAUUGUAAAUAACUCGGCCCUGUUUUCAUUUGUAAAGUUAUGCACUUGUUGUAGAAUAUACGUUACGUAGCUGGGUUUGUAGGCUUUAAUGUUGACAUAUCUAAUGUGGCAGAUUUGUAACAGAUUUACGCAAGUAAUAAUGUAUAACUUUGAUAACUUUGUGCAGUUCUCUCUUUCUGUUGAUGGAAGUCAUUCUUGGUCAUUUCUUUUGGAAAUUCCUGAAUGAUAUCUGUAAAAGAUCGAAGGUACGGGGAUAAAAAAAUAAAGUUUGACAUGGAGAAGGAUGUUUCCAGAAAAUGAAUCGGUUUAGUUUCAAAACAAUAAAA